AUGAUUGUGCUUCUCCUCAUAAGUGUGCUGAUGGUUCCCCAUGCGGGAGGCCGUGCUCUGGACAUCCCACACCUCCCACAGGAACUGCCUCCAGGAGUCCCAAAAAAUAUUAAUAUGACACUCUUCGAUGGGGUUUUUAAAAAUGUGGAAAAUGUGGCUGAAAUUUUUGAUUGCCUGGGCUCCCACUUCACCUGGCUGCAGGCUGUCUUCACCAACUUCCCUGUGCUGCUCCAGUUUGUGAAUGGUAUGAAGUGCGUGGCCGCUCUUUGCCCCCGUGACUUUGAAGACUAUGGAUGUGCCUGCAGGUUUGAGAUGGAGGGGCUUCCCAUGGACGCGUCUGACAGCUGCUGCUUCCAGCACCGCAGGUGCUAUGAGGAAGCUGCUGAGAUGGACUGUCUCCGAGACCCCACCAAGUUGAGCACAGAUGUCGACUGUGACAGCAGGAAGAUCACGUGUGAGUCCAAGGACCGAUGUGAGCACCUGCUCUGUGCCUGCGACAAGGCCGCCAUAGAGUGCUUGGCUCGCUCCAGCAUCAACUCCUCCCUGAACUCUCUGGACCCCUCCUUCUGCCUGGCUCAGACUCCAGAGACAAGCAGCAGGGAAGAGCCGACCACACUUUUACCCAGAGGAGUUCCUGCAGAGCCCACAGACACCAGCCUGACAGCCCUCUCUGGAGAAGUGGCUGCUGAGACCAGAGCUGAGAGGCUGACUACGCUCUUGAGAACAAAACCAAGCCAAGAUUUGGAAGGCACAGAACCAUCUAGGGCCACGCCCCCUCCAGGAUCAGCAGAAAUUGUUGCCACAGCUAAAGGUGUAACGCUUGUUCCUGCUGGUGUGAAAUCUGUGGGGUUGGUGGUAUCAUCCACUGGAAAUGGUCCUCAGGAGACAACUGGAAAGGCCUGUGACAGAUUGACCUUCCUGCAUGUGGGAAGUGAGAACAACACCCAGGUGAUGCCACAACUUGGAGAGAUGCUCUUUUGCCUGACAUCCUGGUGCCCAGAAGAGUUUGAAUUGUAUGGCUGUUACUGUGGGCAAGAUGGGAGAGGCGAGCCAAAGGACACCCUGGACAGGUGCUGUUUGUCCCAUCACUGCUGCCUGGAGCAGAUGAGAAGACUGGGCUGCCUGCUCGAGGGGUUUCCUCGGUCACCAGUGGUGUGCAUGGGUCGGACACCCAAGUGUGUGGGGCAGAGCCUGUGCGAGAAGCUGCUAUGCACCUGUGACCAGACAGCAGCUGAGUGCAUGGCCUCUGCCUUCUUCAACCGAAGUCUCAAGUCACCUGGCAGACGGGCGUGCGAGGGCCAGCAGGUGCUAUGCGAGGACAGCCUGCAGGGGGGGCCCUCGGCCUUGUCCCUCAGCUCCAGCUCCGAGGAGAACAGUGAGGAGGCCACACCCCUCACGGAGGGCCUGAGAAGAACCAGAAGGUUUCUGGGGAAGUCACUGGGUCCCUCAGUGACCCAGCCACUCCAGGGGAGAUAG